AUGGCGUGGGCAGAUUUCAAAACUCCAAAUCAUUCAGAACUGCGUGCAAAGAUCAUUUCCAUGUUUUUCAAAUCUUUGACAUGUCGAACACCUGAAAUUGUUGCUGUGGCUAAGGAAGGCUUGCGACAGGUUAUUAAUCAGCAGAGGAUGCCAAAAGAACUUCUGCAGAGCAGCCUCAGGCCUAUUUUGGUGAACUUGGCACAUACGAAGAAUCUGAGCAUGCCUCUUCUGCAAGGUCUGGCCCGUCUUCUUGAACUUCUGUCCAAUUGGUUUAAUGUUACCUUGGGCGGCAAACUGCUGGAACACCUAAAGAAAUGGUUAGAGCCUGAAAAACUUGCACAAAGCCAGAAAUCAUGGAAGGCUGGUGAAGAGCCAAAAAUUGCAGCUGCUAUUAUCGAGCUUUUUCACCUUCUUCCUAUGGCUGCAUCAAAAUUCCUUGAUGAACUUGUAACCUUGACUAUAGAAUUGGAAGGAGCACUUCUUCCGGGACAAGUAUACAGUGAGAUUAACAGUCCAUAUCGUCUUCCACUGACAAAAUUUUUGAAUCGCUAUGCAACACUUGCAGUUGAUUAUUUUCUUGCUCGCUUAAGUGAACCAAAGUACUUCAGGAGGUUUAUGUAUAUAAUCCGAUCGGAUGCUGGCCAGCCUUUGAGAGAUGAACUUGCUAAAUCACCACAGAAAAUACUCGCAAGCGCUUUUCCUGAAUUUUUGCCAACUGCUUCGGGAUCGUCAACUCCUCCUACCGCUUUGUUGGGUGAUGAAGGUCUUGUUAAGCCUGUACCUGAUAGUUCUAAUCCACCAUCUGCACAUCCUGGUGCAACACCAGAUGCUUAUUUUCGGGGACUUGCACUUAUCAAAACUUUAGUCAAAUUGAUACCUGGCUGGCUACAGAGUAACCGAAUUGUGUUUGAUACCUUGGUACUUGUUUGGAAGUCACCUGCAAGACUAUCUCGUCUACAUAAUGAACAGGAGCUGAACUUAGUGCAGGUUAAAGAAAGCAAAUGGCUUGUCAAAUGCUUCCUGAAUUAUUUACGACAUGACAAAACAGAAGUGAAUGUUCUCUUUGAUAUACUCUCCAUCUUCUUGUUUCAUACUCGAAUUGAUUUUACAUUUCUGAAGGAGUUUUAUAUCAUCGAGGUUGCAGAAGGAUAUCCACCUAACUUUAAGAAAGCACUUCUCUUGCAUUUUCUAAAUCUUUUCCAGUCAAAACAACUUGGCCACGAUCAUCUGGUGGUUAUUAUGCAAAUGCUCAUUCUUCCGAUGUUGGCUCAUUCCUUCCAAAAUGAUCAAAGUUGGGAAGUUGUUGACCAAUCUAUUAUAAAAACGAUUGUUGAUAGACUUCUCGAUCCUCCAGAAGAGGUUUCUGCUGAAUAUGACGAGCCCUUGAGAAUAGAACUUUUGCAGCUUGCUACUUUGCUUCUCAAGUAUCUGCAGAAUGACCUUGUCCAUCAUAGGAAAGAACUUAUCAAAUUUGGUUGGAAUCAUCUCAAACGCGAAGAUAGUGCCAGUAAACAGUGGGCAUUUGUAAAUGUUUGCCACUUCUUGGAGGCCUAUCAAGCCCCAGAAAAAAUCAUACUCCAGGUUUUUGUAGCACUUCUGAGAACUUGCCAGCAAGAGAAUAAAAUGCUGGUCAAGCAGGCCCUUGAUAUACUAAUGCCAGCACUGCCACGUAGGUUGCCGCUUGGAGAUUCUCGCAUGCCAAUUUGGAUACGGUACACCAAAAAAAUUUUGGUCGAGGAAGGCCACUCAAUCCCUAAUCUGAUUCACAUUUUCCAGCUUAUUGUGCGCCAUUCAGAUCUCUUUUACAGCUGUAGAGCUCAAUUUGUACCUCAGAUGGUCAAUUCUCUUAGUCGCCUUGGAUUGCCUUACAACACUUCUGCAGAAAACAGGCGUCUCGCAAUUGAACUUGCUGGCUUGGUGGUUGGCUGGGAAAGACAAAGGCAAAAUGAAAUGAAAAUAGUAGUGGAUGGUGAUGUCACCAAUCAGAACAGUGAGGGUUUUAAUCCAGGCCCUGCUGGUGCUGAUCCUAAGCGCUCUGUGGAUGGGUCUACAUUUCCUGAAGAUUCAACGAAGCGUGUCAAAGUUGAACCUGGUCUUCAAUCCCUCUGUGUGAUGUCUCCUGGUGGUGCAUCAUCAAUACCUAACAUUGAGACCCCUGGAUCUGCUAGCCAACCUGAUGAAGAAUUCAAGCCAAAUGCUGCUAUGGAGGAAAUGAUUAUCAAUUUCCUUAUAAGGGUUGCCUUGGUCAUAGAGCCUAAGGACAAGGAAGCAAGUACUAUGUACAAACAAGCUUUAGAGCUACUUUCACAAGCUUUGGAGGUGUGGCCAACUGCCAAUGUUAAGUUUAAUUAUUUAGAGAAGUUGCUUAGCAGCAUUCAACCUCAGUCCAAGGACCCUUCCACAGCCCUCGCGCAGGGCUUGGAUGUUAUGAAUAAGGUCCUAGAGAAGCAGCCACAUCUAUUCAUCAGAAAUAAUAUCAACCAAAUUUCUCAGAUUCUUGAACCAUGUUUCAAGUAUAAACUGUUGGAUGCUGGAAAGUCAUUGUGCUCCCUGUUGAAAAUGGUCUUUGUUGCUUUUCCUCCAGAAGCAGCUACUACACCACAAGAUGUGAAGCUAUUAUAUCAUAAGGUUGAUGAACUAAUACAGAAGCACAUCAAUACUGUUACAGCUCCUCAAACAUCGAGUGAAGAGAGCACUGCUAAUUCAAUUAGCUUUGUGCUGCUUGUGAUUAGAACCUUGACAGAGGUGCAGAAGAACUUUGUUGAUCCUUACAUCUUGGUUCGUAUUCUUCAACGCCUGGCACGGGAUAUGGGGUCAUCAGCAGGUUCUCAUUUAAGACAAGGUCAGACAAAAGAUCUAGAUUCUGCGGUCUCCUCUUCUCGUCAAGGUGCCGAUGUUGGAGCAGUUAUUUCUAAUCCGAAAUCUGUGCUAGAUUCUGCAGUCUCCUCUUCUCGUCAAGGUGCCGAUGUUGGAGCAGUUAUUUCUAAUCUGAAAUCUGUGCUGAAACUUAUUAGUGAAAGGGUCAUGAUUGUUCCAGAUUGCAAAAAAUCUGUAACUAACAUAUUGAAUACCUUGCUUGCUGAGAAAGGUACUGAUGCUACCGUGCUGCUUUGCAUACUUGAGGUAAUAAAAGGGUGGAUUGAAGAUGACUUCGGAAAGCCAGGCACAUCUGUCAGUUCAAAUGCUUUUCUCACUCCGAAGGAAAUAGUUUCCUUUCUUCAAAAGCUUUCACAGGUUGAUAAACAAAACUUCUCAAAUGCUCUGGAAGAAUGGGACAGUAAAUAUCUUCAGCUUCUCUAUGGAUUAUGUGCAGAUUCAAAUAAAUAUCCCCUAUCCCUGCGUCAAGAUGUGUUUCAGAAAGUGGAAAGGCAAUUCAUGCUUGGUUUACGGGCAAGAGAUCCUGAAUUCAGGAUGAAAUUCUUCUCGCUUUAUCAUGAAUCUCUUGGGAAAACAUUGUUUGCCAGGCUUCAGUACAUUAUUCACCUCCAGGAUUGGGAAGCCUUGAGUGAUGUCUUCUGGCUCAAACAGGGCCUUGAUCUUCUUUUAGCAAUCUUAGUCGAGGAUAAAGCUAUUACUCUUGCUCCAAAUUCUGCAAAGGUGCCACCACUUCUGGUUUCAGGUUCUCCAGACCUGUCCGGGAUGCAGCACCAGGUCACUGAUAUUCCAGAGGGUUCCGAGGAUGCUCCUCUAACAGUUGACACCCUUGUGGCUGAUCUUAUUAUUCCACUGAGAGAGCUUGCUCAUAUGGAUGCCAAUGUGGCAUACCAUUUAUGGGUGUUGGUGUUUCCCAUUGUCUGGGUGACCUUACACAAGGAAGAGCAGGUUGCACUAGCUAAACCAAUGAUUACCCUCCUUUCAAAAGAUUAUCAUAAGAAGCAGCAAGGCAGCAGACCAAAUGUUGUGCAAGCCCUUCUGGAAGGGCUUCAGUUGAGCCACCCUCAACCUCGGAUGCCAAGUGAGCUCAUUAAAUAUAUUGGAAAAACUUACAAUGCAUGGCACAUAGCAUUGGCACUGCUGGAAAGUCAUGUUUUGUUGUUCACAAAUGAUGCAAAGUGCUCUGAGUCCCUUGCUGAACUUUAUCGCUUGCUCAAUGAAGAAGAUAUGAGGUGUGGGCUGUGGAAGAAAAGGCCAAUCACUGCAGAAACUAGGGCCGGUCUUUCGCUAGUUCAGCAUGGCUACUGGCAGCGUGCUCAAAGCCUCUUUUACCAAGCAAUGGUUAAGGCAACUCAAGGCACAUAUAACAACGCAAUACCAAAGCCCGAGAUGUGUCUCUGGGAAGAACAAUGGCUGUGCUGUGCUACUCAACUUAGUCAAUGGGAUGCAUUGGUAGACUUUGGCAAGAGUGUUGAGAAUUAUGAAAUACUACUUGACAGUCUUUGGAAAUUGCCUGAUUGGGCAUAUAUGAAGGAUCAUGUAAUGACAAAGGCUCAGGUGGAAGAAACUCCAAAACUUCGGCUCAUACAAGCAUUUUUUGCGCUUCAUGAAAGAAAUUCCAGUGGUGUCGGGGAUGCUGAGAACAUUGUGGGGAAAGGUGUAGAUCUUGCCUUGGAUCAGUGGUGGCAGUUGCCACAGAUGUCUGUCCAUGCCAGGAUUCCUCUUUUACAGCAAUUCCAACAGCUAGUUGAAGUUCAAGAGUCAUCUAGAAUUCUUGUGGACAUUGCCAAUGGAAACAAACUUUCUGGGAAUUCCAUAGUUGGUGUGCACGGAAAUCUGUAUGCUGAUCUCAAGGACAUUCUUGAGACUUGGAGACUGAGAACUCCAAAUGAAUGGGAUAACAUGUCUGUUUGGUAUGAUUUACUACAAUGGAGGAACGAAAUGUAUAAUGCAGUCAUAGAUGCAUUCAAAGAUUUCACGACAACAAAUAAUAAUCUUCAUCACCUUGGUUAUCGUGACAAAGCAUGGAACGUCAAUAAGCUUGCCCGUGUUGGUCGUAAGCAAGGCCUAUAUGAUGUUUGCGUGAUAAUACUUGAAAAGAUGUAUGGCCAUUCAACGAUGGAAGUGCAGGAGGCCUUUGUUAAGAUAAGAGAACAAGCAAAAGCUUAUUUGGAAAUGAAAGGAGAGCUUGCCAGUGGUCUCAAUUUAAUCAACAGCACUAAUCUGGAGUAUUUUCCUGUUAAACAUAAAGCAGAAAUAUUUCGUCUGAAGGGGGAUUUCUUGUUAAAGUUAAAUGACUCUGAAGGUGCUAAUCUUUCAUACUCCAAUGCCAUCAGCCUGUUCAAAAAUUUGCCUAAAGGAUGGAUAAGCUGGGGAAAUUACUGUGACAUGGCUUACAGAGAAACCAAUGACGAGAUGUGGUUAGAGUAUGCUGUGAGCUGCUUUCUUCAAGGCAUCAAAUUUGGCAUAUCUAACUCACGAAGUCAUCUUGCUCGUGUUUUAUAUCUUCUCAGCUUUGAUACUCCCAAUGAACCUGUCGGGAAAGCUUUUGAUAAAUAUCUUGACGAAAUUCCGCACUGGGUCUGGCUUUCUUGGAUUCCACAGCUCUUACUUUCUUUGCAGAGGGCAGAAGCUCUCCACUGCAAACUCGUCCUACUAAAAAUUGCCACUGUGUAUCCACAGGCUCUAUAUUACUGGCUGCGCACGUAUUUGCUUGAACGACGCGAUGUUGCAAAUAAAACUGAACUUGGUAGUAGAAUGGCAAUGGCUCAAAGGAUGCAGCAAAGUGCCUCUGGUGCCAGUGCUGUUUCAAUCGGCUUAGCUGAUGGGAACGCUAGAGUACAAGGUCAUAUUGGCAGUAACUUAUCCUCAGACAACCAAGUUCAUCAAGCUGCUCAAACCGGUGGCGGAAUUGGUUCUCAUGAUGGUGGAAACUCUCAUGGGCAAGAAUCUGAAAGGUCCACAGGUGUUGAGAGUGGUAUCCAUACGGGGAAUGAGCAACAAAGUUCUUCAACCAUCAAUGAUGGUGGUCAAAGUGCAUUAAGGCGCAAUGGUGCUCUGGGUUCGGUACCUUCUGCUGCAAGUGCUUUUGAUGCUGCAAAAGAUAUAAUGGAGGCUCUUAGAAGCAAGCAUACUAAUUUGGCUAGUGAACUCGAGACUCUGCUGACUGAAAUUGGUUCAAGGUUUGUCACUCUGCCAGAGGAGAGACUUCUAGCUGUUGUUAACGCACUGCUUCAUCGAUGUUACAAGUACCCAACUGCCACAACAGCUGAGGUUCCCCAAUCUCUUAAGAAGGAGCUCUCUGGUGUUUGCAGAGCUUGCUUUUCACAGGAUGCUGUGAAUAAGCACGUUGAAUUUGUGAGGGAGUAUAAACAGGAUUUCGAGCGUGAUCUUGAUCCUGGGAGCACUACUACUUUCCCGGCUACCCUCUCUGAAUUGACUGAGCGGUUAAAACAUUGGAAAAAUGUCCUCCAGAGCAAUGUUGAGGACAGGUUUCCAGCUGUCUUGAAGCUGGAAGAGGAAAGCAGGGUGUUGCGCGAUUUCCAUGUCGUUGAUGUAGAGGUUCCAGGACAAUACUUUAAUGAUCAGGAAAUUGCACCCGACCAUACAGUAAAGUUAGACAGGGUUGGAGCUGAUAUACCAAUUGUGCGAAGACAUGGAAGUAGUUUCCGUCGUUUGACUUUAAUUGGCUCGGAUGGAUCUCAACGUCAUUUUAUUGUCCAGACAUCUUUGACUCCUAAUGCUAGAAGUGAUGAACGAAUAUUGCAGCUUUUCCGUGUGAUGAACCAAAUGUUUGAUAAGCACAAGGAAUCAAGGCGACGCCACAUAUCUAUUCACACCCCAAUCAUCAUUCCUGUUUGGUCUCAGGUCCGCAUGGUAGAAGAUGAUUUGAUGUAUAGCACCUUUCUUGAGGUGUAUGAGAAUCAUUGUGCAAGGAACGACAAGGAAGCGGAUCUUCCCAUCACCUAUUUUAAGGAGCAAUUGAACCAAGCUAUAUCUGGCCAAAUCUCACCAGAAGCUGUUGUAGACCUUCGCCUCCAAGCUUAUAAUGACAUAACAAGAAAUCUUGUAACUGAUGGCAUUUUUUCGCAAUACAUGUACAAGACUCUGCUAAAUGGCAACCAUAUGUGGGCUUUCAAAAAGCAGUUUGCCAUCCAGCUGGCCCUCUCAAGUUUCAUGUCUCUCAUGCUACAAAUUGGUGGGAGGUCGCCAAAUAAAAUUCUAUUUGCUAAGAACACAGGCAAAAUAUUUCAAACUGAUUUUCAUCCUGCAUAUGAUGGAAAUGGAAUGAUCGAGUUUAAUGAACCAGUACCAUUUCGUCUUACGAGGAACAUGCAAGCCUUCUUCUCCCAUUUUGGAGUGGAAGGUCUCAUUGUGUCUGCGAUGUGUGCUGCUGCACAGGCUGUUGUUUCACCUAAACAAAGUCAACAUCUGUGGCAUCAGUUGGCUAUGUUCUUCCGUGACGAGCUGCUGUCUUGGUCUUGGAGAAGACCCCUUGGCAUGCCUAUGGCCCCAUUUGCUGGAGGGGGUAGCAUGAACCCCGCUGACUUUAAGCAGAAGGUCAUCACCAAUGUCGAGCAUGUUAUUGGCCGGAUCAAUGGAAUUGCCCCACAGUACUUUUCUGAAGAGGAGGAUAAUGCCAUGGAACCACCACAGUCGGUGCAGCGCGGAGUGACUGAGUUGGUUGAAGCUGCCUUGACUCCGAGGAACUUGUGCAUGAUGGAUCCGACGUGGCACCCCUGGUUUUGA